GGAAUAUUUUUGACAGUUCGUGAAAAGGUGUUAUAUUAAUAUCGUACAUACUGUUCAACAGAUCAGAAUUUGUUUCUCACUUCAUUAGGAAAGAACCAUGGAAUCGACAACAUUUUUCUCCGUAUUGGUAUCAUGCUUGGGAAUAGUUUUGUCCCAGAACACGGCAACCGGCCCCCAACACCCACCACUGUGUCUGAUGGAAUGCAUGUCGGAAUGGAUUUCAUGUGAAUACGAAUGUAGAAUAGAAUUCCCCGUGGCUACAAAUCCCAUCGACUUCCAAGGUUGUGCCAUGCCAUGUGAGGAGGAGAGAAUGAUGUGCAUGAUUGGAUCACCUGAUCCUGCUUGUAAUAACAACACUCUAAACAACGUAGCCCACCUGCCUUUCCAGGUGGACCUGACCCCUACGACUACUGCUGCUCCCACUACCACACCUGCCCCAACACCUGCACCAACGCCCGCACCAACACCCGCACCAACUCCUGCGCCUGUUGCUGCUGUAGCAGCUUCUGUGCCAAAGACACCAGUUGCUGCUGUGGCAGCUUCUGCACCAAAUGCUCCAGUUGCUGCUGUGGCAGCCUCUGCGCCAAAGGCGCCAGUUGUUGGUCCAGUAGUUGGACCGUAUCCAAAGGUUAUUAAGUCCCCCCAAAUCCAGAAAGUGGCCAGUAAUCUACAACCAGUUGUCAUUCAAGGUCCCAGUCAGAGAGGGCCCAGCCCACAAGUUCAGAACAAGAGAGUUCAGAACAUCUUUUCAGGAUCUCCAAAUCAGAUUUCUUAUCCAAGGCGGUCAAGCAACAAAAAUCAAAACCGUGUGCAGGGACCACCAAUGCCCGCUGUCAGCGCGCCGUCUUCAAGUGGAAAUGCUGCAAUGCCAGCCACGGUGCAACAGGCUAAACCUAAUGAACCACCAAAACAACGGUUUGGACACAGAUUUUUGAAAGUCCAUAAACUUACUUAUAAUUUAAACAACCAAGGAAAAUAGAUAAAAAAGGAUACAGCAAAAAAAAUAUACAACAGUGAUAAUACAGUACUGAUACAGUAACUCUUGUGUCGCUUUGAUGGCGAUUAUCAAGGACUACUUUUAUAUCACCUGUGGCUUUUUUGCUGGUGAUAGAAAAGAAACAACACAAUUUGAACUUUAAUGCAUCAUCAAUGUGCAUUUAUUCUUUUUGUCUGUGGUAUUGGAAGAUAUUGCUUUUUUUUUUAACUCUGAGGUUGUAGUCGGGCAAAUAAUGCCAUGGCUGUCACGCAUGAGCAGCAUGACUUUAACAAUCAAGUCACUAAUUUAUUACUUGCACGUUUUGAAUUGAAUAUAUACUCAUGUUUCUUUGAUUUAUGUUAUUUCCUCUGUUCUGUUACUGUCAUUUAUUAAUGAAAUGUUAAUAAUAUGGACGUAAAACACUAUAA